CACGCGCUUAGCUUGAAGAGGAAAACCCGCAUCUUUUAGAUUGCUCGCAAUGUUGCACAUGCCCAUAGUUCUUUUAGCUGCAGUGACAAUGGUUGGAGGCAUGCGACUGGCGAGACUGGAAGUUCCUGGGGCAGUGGUCAUCGGGGAGAACGUUUGGCUCAAGUGCGAUUUUGACCUGGAAGGGGAUGAAUUGUACUCGGUCAAAUGGUACAAGAACAAUGUCGAGUUCUAUCGCUAUCAGCCAAGGGACAGGCUUCAUGGCCAGAUGUACGAGCUCUUGGGAGUGUACGUCGAACUGUCAAAGUCGAACGCCAGCCACGUCUUUUUGAAGCGCAGCGACUUGAACACCGAAGGUACGUACGGCUGCGAAGUGUCGUCCGAGGCUCCACAUUUCAAAACUGUCAAAGCGGAGGAUGAAUUGAGAGUAUAUGUUUUACCAAAGGAGCCACCCAUAAUAGAAGGAGCAGAUUCCAUGUAUGAAGUUGGUGACAGAGUGAAUGUGACUUGUAGUUCUGGACCUUCCAAACCAGCGGCCACUUUAAGCUGGUUUAUAAACGGAGAACCGGCUAACGCAACAUUCGUGCGAAAGUAUUCAUCUAUUCGACAUUACAGUGGACUUCAAACUUCUCAAGUUGGUCUGGAAUUUAUCGUGGGUGAAAAGGAUUUUGACCAAGGGAAACUGAAGCUUAGAUGUGUGGCAACGAUAUCGCAAGUUUACUCCAGUGGAAGCGAGGAACUAAUCAUCGGAGAUAGAGGUCAAGCCUCAGGUUCUCAUCACGCAGUUCCCUACCUCGUGCCCGGACAGGAUGGCCCGAAGAUAGAAGGCACGAGUCCAAGGUAUGAAAUUGGUGACUUGGUAGAUGUUAAUUGCACCUCCGCUCCUGCUCGAAGUGCAGCUCUGCUCAAAUGGUACAUUAAUGACAAAGAGGUGGCACCUAAUAAAACGACUCCACAUCCUCCAAUCCAUUACACUGAUGACCUGAAAGCCUCAGUGUUGGGUCUGCGCUUCCGUGUGGAACAAAAUAUGUUCAAAAGUGACGAACUGCGAUUAAAAUGUACGGCCACGCUGUCAAAGGUUGUUAGUCUCAGCAGUGAUGUGACUGUCGUUGGAGGAAAUCAGCAAAAUUCCGGAUUCCAUGUUUCGGAAAAUACUGUUUCUGUGACAAAUCCUACUCCCCGUUGCUGCGUAGAAAGAACUUUAUGGAUCUCCAUUUUCUUAACAGUAUUAUCCACUUGGUAUCCUAGCGACCUAUGUUCCGGUCUGUUGAUGACAUCAAUCUACUGACAAUCAAUGACUAUAGCUGGAAUGACUCUGUGGAGAAUACUCAUCAGCAGGUAGCUUCAAAGACAUUAAUUCCAACAUGAACCUGUGACACACAAUCUAAGGCCGACAGUGUUUUAGCUAUGAAACCCAGAGUAUGAGCAAAAUAUACUCAUCAAAUAUAUUUGAGCUCUCAAUCUGUGCAUGGAACCUGAAAGUAUCAGCAGUGGAUUUUUUUGAAUGAGAGAAUAAUUGUCUCUGUUUUACUGACAGGAUUCAUAUGGACCAAUGGAUUGAAGCAGAAAAAUGAUUCCAAUCAGCUCUUUGUCAGAAUUAUUUCUGACUGAUUCCCAGCAGCAUUUACCUCAUCUGUAUUAUAAAGACUACUAACUAAAGACAACUAAUAAAAACUUAUUUUAUUACAGAAUUGUGAAAAAUGGAUGCUUGGAAAUUUCUAGUGAAUUACUUUAGAGAUUUUAUGACGUGAUGCACAAGAGCAUGUGGAUUUAGAGCUAUGAAUAAAUGAUUAUUGCAAGUUAAGUAUUUUAAAUUUGCCGUGAGCCCAUCAUAUUUAUAUGCCUUAUCAGUUAAACUGAUUGAUAGUAGUUGAAUUAAUACUUAAAGAACUUCAUAUGCUUGUCUGAUUCAAUCCACGAGUAAUCUCCACUCUCAUGAAAACUACUCAAAGCUGAAGAAUACAUUUUUGUUUUUAUUUGUCAUCAUUUGUUGCUGCUUUGAGGAAGAAAAAUGCUUUUAAUCGAUUUUAUUUUCAACAGUUCGCAGCAUAGUUGGUACAACAAAACGUGAAUUAGACUUCUAACUUAUUGGUUAAUAUUAUGUGGUUGAUGCACAAUUGUAUAUAUACACUGUCUGUAUAUGCUGAAAAUAUCAAAUU